GUUUACAAAAGAACAAUUUGGAAGGAAAGUAUAUGAAAUCCUAAGGGAAAUUAAACCCAAAUAAUCCACUAACAGCAUUACAAAAUUAACACAAGACUAUGAAUUGAAUUAAUUGCCUCCUACUGUGGGGAUCCUUGGCUACCAAAACAAAUGAAGCCUACAAAGUCAACUGCCUUGAGAGGUCACAGGCCAGUGUGGCAUCAAGGCCAUGAAGAGUUCACUGCUGCUUUCAACUCUCUGGCUUACUGCGGAGACCUAGAGGGUGGAGAAGACUUCGCUUCUGCCAUUCCAUGGCCUCAAGUUAUGGACGGAGGUGAGAGAGAGAGCGCGCACGUACAGAGUAAUGAUGGACGUUUCCAUCAAGUUGCUCUGAGUGCCUCUGUCUGGAAGUGGAUGGGUCUCCAUGUGAGGUCUAGUUCUCCUAGGAGGACAGGUCUGAUAGGACCCAUAGUGGCUUUUCUGGAGCAGUGUGUCUGUCGAUAAGGCAAGUCUUUAAGAAUACCAGUCAGCUACUCCAAAAGGGACUCACUGUGGCAUUUCAGUAAAUACACAUUUAUUUUUAUAAAUUCUCUUUUAAUGCCAUGAUGUCAGUAUGCCUGUGGCAAAGUGAGAUUACCUAAAUAAUAUGGGCCCUGGGAGCAACAAACUGAGCAUGUGUGUGACUAACUCAUCCCCUGCUAGAUUCCUUAACUUAAGGAUUUUGAGCAGGAAGGUAGGAUGUGGCAUCUUUAUAGAAAUAAAAUUCUGGUGAUUUAUACACAUUUGCCAAAUUAGACCCUUAGGGCAGAUAACGAAGUGACUGAAUGGCCUCCCGGAACGCCUACUGAACAUUUUCUCUGCUUCUCAUCCUCCACAUGACAGCUGACAUUUACUCUUGGAGCUUUGUAAUAACUGAGCAACAUUUUACAAAAAUAAUUAAUUCAUGGCAUUUUAUUGGGGUACUAUGUGACUUACAACUUUUCUCAUAUUCUUAAUUUUGUUUGACAUUUUGAAAAUAUGAUGCCGAACUCUUUUGUCUGGAUUUUUGAAAACACAGCUAGCAUGUAUUGAAUCCUUUUCUUUUUUUUCUUUUUACACUUCCCUCAAAAACUAACAAAAGCACCAAAAAAAAAGAUUUCUUGUUUAAGCACAGAGAAAUGAAACAUCCUGUUUGUUUGGAAUCCGAACGACGGUUGCCUCAAUCUUCCCUAAUUAGGAGAGCCUGCUUAAUGAGGAAAAUUCUUUUCAAAGUCAAUGGAUUUGCAAACACAAACAUUGCUGUCCCCCCAGAAUGAAAUAAGCACAUUCCUUACAUGCAUAUUUUAGUUACACACUCUAAUUAAUAUUACUACUUAAAAUGUGUGGAAUUCAUCUGUUACAGUAUAAAAACACCGUGAGUUCCCUGCUCACAGGCUCAUCGACACCAGGCUGAACAUAUUAACUCAAUUUUGGAUUUAGACAAAAUGGAAAUUAUUUCAUCAAAACAAUUCAUUUUGUUGAUUUUAACUACUUCAAGCUUACUAACAUCAAACAUCUUUUGUUCAGAUGAAUUAAUGACCCAUUUUCACAGCAAAGAAAAUGAUGACAAAUAUUCCCAGCCUAGAGGAAUCCCAGAAGGGGAAAAGGAAAGAAGUGUCAGUUUUCAAGAACUAAAAGAUUGGGGAGCAAAGAAUGUUAUUAAGAUGAGUCCAGCCCCUGCCAACAAAGUGCCCCACUCAGCAGCCAACCUGCUGAGAUUUGGGAGGACCACAGAAGAAAAAACCAGAGCAUGGGCCAACAUGGAGGCAGGGACCCUGAGCCAUGUCCCCAGCCUGCCCCAAAGGUUUGGGAGAACAACAGCCAGAAGCAUCCCCAAGACACUAAGUCGUUUGCUACAGAGAUCCUUGCACUCACUGGGCGCCAGUGAGCUGCUCUACGCCAUGACUUGCCAGCAUCAAGAAAUCCAGAGUCAUGGAGGAAAGCAACCAAGGAGACAAGCACUCACGGAACCGGAUGAUGCAGAAGGGAAACACGAAGAAUAGGAAACCUGGAUCCCGUCCUUCAAGAUGCUGAGAAGCUGCGACCUGUUGUCUAAGCAGAUCUGUGGUAUUGACAAGGAAGAGCACCAGUUUUUCCUGUCACUAUAGGUUAUGUUGACGGUUAUUAAAAGUCAAGAAUACUUGUAAAAUUGAAGUAACUUUUAUCAGAA